UAAUCCAAAAUGACCCUUCCAUUUUCCAUUUCUUCAUCACAAAAACAUCUAUUAAAGCUAUAAUUUGUUAAGAUCUUAUCAUUUCUACAUAUUUUUUUUCUUCAUAAUCAUAAUUAAAAAAAAAAAACUCACUCCAAAUCAAAGAUGAAUCAUUCUUUUUCAAUAGAAACAAGUUGUUAUGAAGAGAUCAAAAUCAAAGAUGAAGAAGAGAUUAUUAUAAAUUUCGAUAAUAAUAUUCAAGAUCAAGAAAAUACACAAAAGGGUAAACAAUACAUUGGAGUUCGAAAACGUCCAUGGGGAAAAUAUGCAGCUGAAAUUAGGGAUUCAACGCGAAAUGGAAUUAGGGUUUGGCUAGGUACGUUUGAUACUGCUGAAGAAGCCGCUUUAGCUUAUGACCAAGCUGCACUCUCAAUGCGUGGUCCUACAACAUGUCUUAAUUUUCAAGUCGAGAUAGUUCAAGAAUCGUUACGAGGAUUUAAAUAUACGAGUCAAGAGGGUUCAACAUCGUCUCCUGCUCAAGUUAUAAAGGAAAAACACAAGAAGAGAAAUAGUAAAGGUAAAAAAACAAUAAAACCUAAUAACCAAAAAAAUAAUAAUGUGUUGGUUCUUGAAGAUUUAGGUCCUGAUUUAUUAGAUCAACUUUUAUCUAAUAAGUGUUCUACUUCUGAAUAAAUUUAAAUUAUUUUUUUCUUUUUUAAUGAUUUCCUAUUUUUUAUUUUUUAUUUUUUUCCCCCUAAUUCCAUAUUAUUCAUCCGUUUAUCGAAACCCUAAUAUCAAUUUUACCUUAUUUACAAUUUAAUGGUAUCAAUGAGAAUUUUUCGAUAUAAUAUAUGUAAGUUCAAUUUUCA